UAUUGGUCCAUUUCUCGCUCUGACUUCAUAAGGAGCCCUGUGAUGACAGGAUUCCACACGCCUAUAUAAGCGGCUGCGCGGCCCAGGUUUUUGUCCGCUUUACCAGGGAGCUAUUUCGGUGACCUGUGUGCUUGGACCCAUCUUUGCUUGCGCUUGUGUUGGUUGGUGUUGGUGUGCUGUUUUGUUUGUUUGUUUGUUUCUUGUUCUAUUUGGUUUUUUCUUUCCCCCAUUUGGAUUUAGUUUGUUUUUUUCCUCCUAUUUCUUUUUUGGCCCAUUGUGUCUUUUUUUGCAGUUUUUUUCGUUUUUGGCUUCCCGCAUCUAUAGCUAGACAGCGUGGCUAGAUCUCAGAGUGUUAGUGUAGCUAUUUAGUGUUUGUUGUUUUGGAGUUUUUCUGGUUUUUGUUUUCUGUUUUGGUUAGAUAGGACUUAGUCUUGCCACUGUGUUUGAUAAGUGUAGUUAGAAUAGGUAGUGUGGUACGGUAGUCAGAUCAGGAGGUAGUCCCCUUGUUGUCCCUUUAUUUUCUCAGUUAUUGUAGUUAGGGUAGCUCCUUAGUUAGUGUGUAUGGACAGGAAUAUUAGCCAGAGCAGAUCAGAGAGCGUAGUUAGGGACACCAGCCAGGAAGGCCGUGAGGACCUGGAUGCCAUCGACAGCUCACAGGUUGAGCUCCAGUUGCUGUCGGCCCUGGGCCGGGGCAGCUUCGGCAUGGUGGUGCUGGCCCGCCAGGCUUCCAGCCAGCGGCAGGUGGCUGUGAAGUUUUUUCAUUUACAUGCUGGCGACCCCUUCGGCACCAGGCGAGUGACGCAAGAGGCCAGCAUCUUGCAGCUCCUGAGGCACCCGAAUAUCGUGCAGCUGCUGGAGGUGGGUCGCGUCGGCCAUUACCACUGCCUGGUGAUGGAGCUGGUGGACGGGGGCAACCUCUACCAGCACGUGAUGAGGCGGGGCGGCCUGCCAGAGCCCGAGGUCAUGGUCAUGUUUGACCAAAUCCUGGCGGCUGUGGCCCACUGCCACGCACAGCGGGUGGCGCACAGGGACCUCAAGCUGGGGAACCUGCUGCUGGACUCUCAGCUCAACGUGAAGCUGGCGGACUUUGGGCUCAGCUGCCAUCUGCCCGAGGGCGAGCUGGUGCAGGGCUUCCGCGGGACCCCGGAGUACAGCGCCCCCGAGGUGUUCCGGCAGGAGCCGUAUGAUCCAUUCGCAGCAGACCUUUGGAGCCUGGGGGUCAUCCUCUUUGCCAUGCUGGCAGGGGCCAUGCCCUUCAGCAGGAACGACUUGGCGGAGCUGCGGGACUGCAUCCAGAGGGGGAGCUACGAGCUCCCGUGUGCGGCCAGCCCAGCCCUGGAGGAGCUCCUGAGCUCACUCCUCAGCCCAGACCCCUGCGACAGGCCUACAGCGGAAUCUGCCCGCCAGCAAUGGUGGUUUGACCCCUUACGAGAGGAAGCUGAGGGCGAGGAGGUGAUCGUGGUUCAGCCCCUGGGGGUUCCCGAGGACCCAGACGCCCAGGAGUACCUGGCGGGCCUGGGUCUGCUUCCGGACGCUGGAGCCUCGGUGCCAUCUGGUCCUGCAGGAUCCAGCCGGAUGUCCCUGCAGCCGGACUCCCAGAGCCUGGAGCAGGGACACAGGGAGCCCGAGCCUGAGCUGGAGUCCAAGUCCGAGGCGGAGUCGGAUUCAGACUUGGUGCUGGAGCCGGAGCCCAUGCCCAAGCCGGAACCUAAGCCAGAUUCUGCCGUUGCUGCCCCUGUGCUGGCCGUUUCCCUCCCUGGACAGCUGCAGGAGAGGAUCCCUGGUGCCAGCCCAGCCCCCGAGCCCGUCCCUGUGGCCGCCCCCUCCACCCCCAGCCCCAGGAGCAGUCCGCACCUGGUGGUGCCAGAGGUCCCAGCAGCUGAGCCUGAGGAGCCUGGGACCUCAGCAUCGGCCUCUGUCCCGAGCAACGGCCGGCAGGGGCUGGGCAGGAGGAUUGGCAGGAGCAUCCUCAGAUUCCUCCUGCGUGCCUGCUGCCUGCCAGCCCCAGCCAGAGGCCCUGGCCCCCGCAGCCGAAAGGUGACCCCCAGGUAGCCUGCCUCAGUGUGCAAGCUGAGCUGCCGGAGGGCUCACAUUUCUUGAGAGCUUUCUGUGCUUCUCGUCAAUAAAAAUCUAAACUUUAUCCAUGGAACUGUCGUGUGUGU